UUUCUCUGAUUUCACUUUCUCACGCUUACUCAUUUUCUCUCUCUCCAUUUUCUCUCCGACUUGCGAGCCCGAGCGAUCCAACCUUACCGUCACCAUGUUCCGCCGCGCCACAUCCACUUUCCUCUCCCGCGCCGCCACCACUCGCCGCUUAUCCACCGUCGUGGCUACUCCCACCACCAAUUCCAGCUUCGUUGAAGCGUGGAGGAAAGUUAGCCCCAAUAUCGAUCCACCUAAGACGCCUCUCGAAUUCCUCAAAACUCGUCCACCAGUUCCUUCUACUAUCCCUACCAAACUCACCGUCAAUUUUGUUCUUCCUUAUUCUUCUCAAUUGGCCGCUAAAGAGGUUGAUAGUGUUAUAAUCCCAGCUACAACGGGUGAGAUGGGUGUUCUCCCGGGACACGUCGCAACAAUCGCAGAGUUGAAACCCGGGGUACUUACGGUACAAGAAGGGACUGAUACAACCAAGUAUUUUGUAAGCAGUGGUUUCGCAUUCAUCCAUGCGAACUCUGUUGCUGAUAUUAUUGCUGUAGAGGCUGUACCAGUGAAUCAACUUGAUGCAGACUUAGUGCAGAAGGGUCUUCAAGAGUUCACUCAGAAACUCAACUCAGCAACAACGGACUUGGAGAAAGCCGAAGCUCAGAUUGGAGUUGACGUGCAUAGCGCGCUCAACUCGGCUCUUACAGGCUAAGUAUUGUAGUUGAACUUUACAUUUUCAAUUGGUUAUUUCCCCGGUUUUUUGUCUCGAUGUAAUCAAAGUUGCUGAACGAUAUUUUCAGCAUGUAUUUUGUGUAGAAAACUGAAUUGAUGAAAAUAAUAUAUUUCAACAGCUUCCAUCUAGAUCCAGGAAGUUGAACAAGACAUUGAAAUCAGAAACAAAAGCUUGAUAUAUAUAUUUUGGAUCACAGGCAUUACGAUUUCAACUUCUUAAGCC